GAGAGAGUUAAACAACACGAAUCCAGUUUGAGGCACCUCACCCAUCCGGCUUGGCAAACGCUCCUUUGGGCCUGACAAAGCUCAGGAACUGGACGGUGAGAAGCGAACAUGAAGGUGGCAGGUUUGCUUUGUUUGCUGAUGCUUAUCACUUUUCAAACUGACUUUGGGCAAAGUGAAGAAUCCCCGAGGAAGCAAAGGAGAAAGAUGAACUAUAGGAGACUGCGGAAAAGUUCCUUGGCCAGCCAUGAAUCAAGGAAGCAGCUUGGAAUGCAGCAGAAGCCGAGCAGAAGAGCACUGCCCAUCGUGAACUUAGAUGACAGCACAGAGGAAAAGUUUGAAUCCUUAAGUUCUCUUGGCGCAGAGUCAAGCUACCAUGUAUUACCAGGGAAACAGGGGCACUGUGCGGUGAAAGGCAUGAUCAUGUACAACAGAGCCGUCUGGUCCCCUGAGCCCUGCGUCACCUGCCUCUGCUCCAAUGGACAGGUAGUCUGUGAUGAAAUCCUGUGCCCCGCUCUCAGGUGCCCCCAGACUGCUGCCCCCGAAGGAGAAUGCUGCCCUGUCUGCUCUCAGACCGAACAAAGACAAUCCACCCAUUUACUUCAUAAGCAGCUGCCACCUCCGCCAGCUGACGUGGACCAAGCAGCGAGAAAAGAGGAGCUUCAAAAUGAGGAGGAUGAAGAAGAAAUGAAAGAAGAAGAUGGGGAGGGAAAGAACCAGCCUCGUGGAGUCGGUGGUGGAGGGCAACUCCCCAGGCCGACACAGAGUAGAGGCAGGGGGAAACUGAGGCCUGGGAGGGACAGGCAGCGGGGCCACCAGCACAGAGACACGGCCAGGGAGAAAGACUCGGAUGAGGUCGAGGAGCCUGAGGACGAGGAGCCCAUCCGAGGAGAUGCCUUCAGGACGCCCUCGAGGACCCCCACCCCUGCUCGUCCUAGAGGCUCACCGCCCCUGCCCAGCAGGUGUGCCCUGGCUUACAGGACCAUCAGCUGCGUCGGCGCAGGCCUCACACAGAUACCACCACUGACAGCGCCACAGAUAACAAGCCUGGAGCUCAUGGGCAACUCCAUCACCGCCAUUCCGGACGGAGCAUUUCAUGGGUUACCAAAUCUGGAGAGGCUUGAUCUGAGCAAAAAUAAUAUCACCUCUUCAGGCAUAGGACCUAAAGCAUUCAAGCAUCUGAAGAAGUUGACUCGUCUGAAUUUGGAUGAAAACAAUUUAGUAGAGAUGCCUUCAGGAUUACCACCUACAUUGGAAGAGCUUAAAGUCAACGAGAACAACCUCCAGGCUCUAGAGGAAGAAAGCUUAUCAGGUUUAAAUCGAUUGGUCACUUUGGAACUAGAAGGAAACAGUCUCAGUGAAGCCAAUGUCAGCCCUUUAACUUUCAAACCUUUGACGAGCUUAUCCUACCUUCGCCUGGGAAGAAACAAAUUCAGAAUCAUACCACAGGGCCUUCCUGCUUCGAUUGAGGAAUUAUAUCUAGAAAAUAACCAGAUUGAAGAAAUAACUGAAGUUUGUUUUAAUCACACCAGAAAGAUCAAUGUCAUUAUACUCCGUUACAAUAAAAUUGAGGAAAACAGGAUUGCUCCUUUAGCCUGGAUAAACCAGGAAAACCUCGAAUCAAUCGACAUGUCCUACAACAAGCUCUACCACGUCCCCUCCUACCUGCCCAAGUCGCUGCUGCACCUUGUGCUCAUUGGAAAUCAGAUUGAGCGCAUCCCUGGCUUUGUGUUGGGCCACAUGGAGCCAGGCCUGGAGUACCUGUACCUGUCAUUUAACAAGCUGGCUGACGAUGGGCUGGACCAGGUGUCGUUCUAUGGGGCCUACCACUCUCUGAGAGAACUGUUUCUGGACCACAAUCACUUAAAAUCCAUACCAGUGGGGAUCCAAGAUAUGAAAGCGUUACAUUUCCUGAGGUUGAACAACAACAAGAUACGGAAUAUUCCCCCACAGCGGAUCUGCAAUGCUGAAGAAGACAGUGAUUCAACCUUGGAACAUCUUCAUCUCGAAAACAAUUACAUAGAAACGAGAGAAAUUUCACCCUAUGCCUUUUCAUGUAUAAGAUCAUAUUCAAGCAUUGUUCUUAAACCACAAAACAGCAAAUAAUUCCAGGUUAUCCUGUCAUUUAUAAAGUAUACUGACACUUGUAGUAGUAGCAUUUAUUAUCUGUAAGAUACAUCACUCAUGUACACAGUAUUAUAAAUAUCAUUCAACUUGGUUUGCUCAUCCACAGACAAACAUCAAAAACAUCUAUAAGGCUUAAGUCUUUCACCACUUUUAGAAAUAAGAGCUUCAAUUUUAUGACUUCAGGAAGAAGUCUAGAGUAAAAAAAAAAAUACAACAGAGCACAGCCUUUAAACAGACCUGAGUUAUAACUACCUAAGUCCUAUAAAAGCUAUGUAUAUAUGUCCAUUAAGACAGAAAAUUAAUAAGUAGAAUUUGUUUCCUGUUCAUAAUUCUACUGUUAAAAUCAUCAUCAUCAUCUUCUUCCCGUUGAUCGUUGAUUUUCUCUAGUGGUCUCAGUAACAUCUCCAUUCUUCCUAGCCUGAGAUUUUGGAAGCAUCUCGUUAAAAUAAUAAUUUAUGAAUUUUUGAAUGCCAUAGUGUCAUAGCUAUUAGUAUAAAUACAGUUUGUUAUUUGGCAUAACAUUUGGUAUAACCAUGUGUGUAAAAUUAAAAUGCUAUAGUAAAGUUGAUUUCCUGGUUUUGAGAACUAUACUGUUUUAUGUAUAUUGUUUUUAGUAUUAGAGGAAGCUGGGAAAAGGGUACAUGUGGAUUUUAUACUGUAAAAUCUGAAACUUUCCUAUAUGUCAAAAAACCAGUUUUUUUUUGGGGGGGGGAUCACGCCCAGUGUGCACAGGUGUUACUUCUGGCUUAUACACUCAGGAAUUACUCCUGGUGUUGCUCGGGGUACCAUAUGGGAUGCUGGGAAUUGAACCUGGGUCAGCCUCGUGCAAGGCAAAUGCCCUACCCGCUGUGCUAUAGCUCCACCAAAAAAAAAAAAAAGAGUAUUUUAAGGUCAACCUUACAGUUCUGUAUUCAGGAUCAAAAGAUUUAAUGGUAAACAGUAGUAUUUGCUCAAAAUAUAAGUUAAUAAUCCUUGAUUAUAGCAUUAUAAAUGUAAUUGUAAUUACAACUGUAAUGCAUGAAUUUACAAAACUUUUUGCUCCGUUGGCCAAUGUUUAUACCUGUCUGUUUGCUAUGAUUAACUCAAAUGUAUCCUUUCAUGAAGCUCAACUUCACAUAAAGGUAUG